AUGGGUAAGACGAACGGGAACGUCCAACACGUCGAAACACUGCCCAAGGGAACCGUGCUUAUCGCUGGCGGAGGGCCCGUUGGUCUGCUUGUAGCCAAAGUGCUUUCUCACUAUGGAGUCAAAUCCGUCUUGUUCGAGCGCAACAAGACCACCACGAGAUGGCCGAAGAUGGAUCUGACCAACGCACGUUCAAUGGAGAUAUUUCGACGACUUGGACUCUCGGAAGGACUCCGUGAACUGGGAGUACCGGCACAUAUUGACCAGCCUGUCCUAAUUUCAUCGGGCAUGUCUGCCAAAGAGCCUAUUACAAAAUGGGAUCUCCCAGGCGUUGACCGCUUCAGGCAACAAAUUCAGGAAAACAAUGACGGUACCCGACCUCUCGAACCUUGGCAAAGAAUCUCCCAGGUCCUGUUCGAGAAAUGGCUCAAGACCAUUUGCGAUGCAGAUCCAUUAAUAAGUGUCCGGUUCGGAUGGAAGGUCGAGCAUAUUGAAGAACACCCGCAGCAUGUGCAGUCGACAGUAGUCAACGUAGAUAGCGGCGAGACUUUCACCUUCGUGGCCGACUAUGUAGUCGGCUGCGAUGGUGCGUCGAGUAGAACUCGGCAAUCUAUGGGAUUCCCCUUGGAUGGAGGGCCAAUUCCAGCCUGUGUUCUACUCGUCCAUUUUAAGUCGACGGACGUAACUCGCAUCCAUAAACAAGGACAAUUUUGGCACAUUUUCCUGGCAGGACCACCGGGAGAGUUGAGAGGGGCUAUUAUCUCCCAGGAUGAGAAGGACACCUGGACCACACAUCUGUUUUUGCCUAUGGAAGCAGAUACGGACUCGAUCACAUCCGAGCAAGCUGUCUACCGCGUGUUAGGAGGUCUCUAUGACAGAUUCCCUAUCAAGAUUGACGAAAUUCUGGUCCGAUCAACUUGGAGACCCAAUAUCGCGGUGGCACGCCAAUGGUCGAGUCAACACAGUCGGGUUCUGAUUGCAGGCGAUGCCGCUCACCAAAACAUCCCUACCGGAGGCUACGGAAUGAAUAUGGGCAUCGGUGACGCUUAUAAUCUAGGAUGGAAACUGGCAGCGGUUAUCAACGGCUAUGCGGGCACGGCAUUCCUUGAAUCCUACGAGGCAGAGCGCCGCCCCGUUGCGCUUCGAAGUGUCGAGCACUCGGGAGUCCAUUUUGACGUCCACGGGCAAAUGAAGGAGAUCUUUGCCGACGGUGACCCUUGCCGAAUUGAUCAAGACACUGAAGAGGGACGAGCUCUGCGGCAACGUAUUCGGAGUCAUUAUCAGACCCAUGACGGCGAAAAUAAGGACUUGGGUAUUGAGAUGGACCACCGGUACCAAUCACGCGUCGUUAUACUCGACCAGGCCGGCAAAGGGCCCGAGUGGCUCGCCUCGCAGUAUACACCAUCGACUUGGCCAGGCGCUCGUGCUCCUCACUUCUUUCUGUCCGAUUCAACACCCGUCUUCGACCACUUUGGUAAAGAUUGGACUUUGCUGUGCUUCUCUGCUGAGAGGUGUAGACAGGAACUCCUCAUGGACGCCGCAGCGUGCUCCUCGAUUCCCCUGACGUACGUCAACCUCGCCGGAGAGACCCUGGCAAAAAAGCUGUAUGAGAAGCCCCUCAUUUUGAUCCGACCUGACGAGCACGUUGCCUGGAGGGGUAAUGAGGUGCAAAGCCAGAAAGACGCCGAAGAGAUUUUGAACACCGUCGUCGGCAAGACAGGAGUGGGAGCAAGGAUCGAGGCCAGAGAAAAAGUGGCCACGAAACCGGACGAGGCCUUCACGACGACAGUGGGAUUGACCACGCAGGUUGACACAUUCGAGAUGGAGAAAAUGGGCGACUUCCAGCGGUAG